AUGAGAGGAUUUAUAUUAUAUUUGUUUUUUUCAAUAUUAUUAGUGAUAAGUCAAGUGAUUGAUAAUUCGAGGGCAGAGUUAUCUCAGACUGAGAGAGAGUUUUCGGAAUUUGAUUUAAACCAUGAUGGACUUAUAGAUGCUCAGGAAAUUAGAAUUGUAAGAACUUCUGUGACUCUACAGGAACUACAUCAAUUUUUCUGGGAAAUUGAUUCUGAUAGCUCCGGGACUAUUUCACUUGCUGAGUAUUCGCACUUUGUAACUACUAACUCUCAUGCUCAUCAUAACGAGGGUGGCAAUCAACAUUCUUAA